UCUGUGAUAUGGUGUACAGAAUGUGAAUAAAAAUUUAGUUUACUGUCAGUUAUGAAUGCCUUUCUGUGUUGUUCAAAGCAUUGAAUAAAAAAAAAAAAAAACUUUCUGAGCCGGUAGCGCCGCCUUGAGGUGUACCUCUGUGUGUGUCAAAACAGCACCACUAGUCAACAAUCAUUUUUCCGUGGGAUCCGUUCUAUCUUGGAAGCAUUGUGCGCUCUUGUGUCUGCCGCGUGUAACUGCACUUCCGGUGAUCUCGGCGCGAGAAUGGCUGCGGUGUUUACGUGUUUGGCCUGCUGCGGGGAUGGCGGAGCGGGCCAUGCCCCCCUCAAAGAGAUGCCCACCGUACAUCUAGACACGCACCACAUGGGGACGGAUGUGGUCAUCGUGAAAAGCGGGAGGCGGAUCUGUGGAACUGGAGCCUGUCUCGCCAACGCCCCUCUACACCAGAACAAGAGCUAUUUUGAGUUCAAGAUCCAGUCCACGGGUGUUUGGGGGAUCGGUGUGGCCACUCAGAAGGUGAAUCUGAACCAGGUGCCACUGGGUCGAGACAGUCACAGUUUGGUGCUUAGACACGAUGGCUCCAUAUACCACAACAAUGAGGAGAAGAACCGAUUACCUGCCAACAGCCUGCCUCAGGAGGGGGAUAUAGUGGGGGUGACCUAUGAUCACGUGGAACUGAACCUGUACUUAAAUGGAAAAAACAUGCACUGUCCAGCCUCAGGUAUUCGAGGGACUGUGUUCCCCAUAGUUUAUGUGGACGACAGUGCCAUCAUAGACGCCCAGUUCAGUGAUUUCUACCAUACUCCACCUGAAGGCUUUGAAAAGAUUCUGUUCGAACAGCAGAUCUUUUGAAUUGUUGUCUGUGUGCAGACACACACAUAUUGUCAAGCUGAACUGUGUGUGUGUGGCAGCACGUGGUUACAAUCUCUCUCAGUGUUGCUUCUGCCUUUGCUUUUACUGCUGCUGCUUUUAGAAGACAGACCAGACUUUAUCCCGUGUGUGUGUGUGUGUGUGUAGACACAAAGAAAUAAGAGAGAGAAUCUACAACCCAGAAAACACUUUACAUAAGCACUGAAGACACUUAUUGAUUUCUGUUUUCUGUAGUGGGCGAUAUUGAUAAACUGAGCUUAGCCUUUUAUUUAAUGACAAUCUAUAACAAUAAGCUUUGUGUUUUUAAUUUAUGGAGAAAUCACUGAUAAUGUACCCUUGACUUUAUAUAUCUACACAAAUAUCAGCUUUCUUGAAUGAACCAGUUGUAUUUGCACUAGUUACAUGUGAAAAACCUCUUAUUCUAUUGAUAUUUGAUGAGUCUGUUAGUGUCAUUUGCCUAUAAUCUAAACUAGGCAUAUUUAUUAAUAGAUAACAAUAGCAGUUUACAGUAUUUUCCAGUGUAUUUUAACAUUUUACCUCUAUGAUCUCUAUUGCACAUAAUAUUACACAAGUGACUUUGGCUGAACAGAGUUUCAGUGUCAAAUAGACACAGACAAGCAUGAAUCUGUUUAACAUGAUCAUUUUUGCUGCCCUAGCUUAUAUCUUACCAAACUCCUUCAAAUGUUUGACAGAAGGUAAACAUUUCUUUUUUCAUCAGAUGUGUUUUGCUCCACUGACCCUAACCCUAACAUUAAUUACAACUAUGAACCUAAUUUUACUGUUUACUGCAGAAAUGUUAUGUACUCUUAACACUAAAACCACUCAUGCAUUUAUUUUAUUCACACAGUUGAAUACACAGCCACAUCUAAGUUUUAUUGUUAACUGCAUGGCCAUGCAGCUAUCUAAAGGCAAUGUGCUUUUCAGAAAAGGUGCUCUGAAAAAGCUUUGUCCUGUAAGACUUGUCAAGUCUGGUUUUUAGUCCUCAAAAAAACUUUAAUUCUCGCUGUACACUGUCUUAUGGUACAUUCCCCAAUAGAUGUAUUAAAUAAACCUAAGUAUUCUGUCUCUGUCAAAGACCUGUGUUAUAGUGUGAAAUGAAAAUGACUUUGUUCUAACAAAAUAAAAAAGGCAACAAUCAA